ACACUGCAUGCAUGCACUGUUGCUGUGUAGAAAUGCAUGUAUGACAUGAUCCGAUGUCGCGAUUAUGUGCACAUAAUAUGCUCGCUGAAGUAUUGGAAGAUUUGCACUCAAUGUCAUAGUUAACUCUGGUUUUCUUCGCGAUUUCAUCGCUUUUAUGCCAAAGGAGUCGGUCCUGCCCGUUCACCAUUUUCUUUGGAUUUAUUACCACGGAUUUUUAGCCACCAGAGGACCUAUUCCGUACUUCUAGUGCACCAUUUUUGUUGGAUUGUGUGUUCUUGUUACUGGCCGUGCUGUGCCCGUAGCGGCACUCACUGCUUCUGAGUUUUCAUCUCGGCUAGCUACGGGUCGGCUAGCCGCAUUGCAACGUGCGUGCGAUGGGUUGCUUCGGGAACGGCCUGUCAAGCGAAGAGAAAGAUGAAGAAAAGAAGCGAAAGGAGGCCAACAAGAAAAUUGAAAAGCAACUCCAGAAGGACAAGCAAAUAUACAGAGCAACGCAUCGGCUAUUAUUGCUUGGUGCUGGUGAAUCAGGAAAAAGUACCAUCGUGAAACAAAUGAGAAUUCUUCAUGUAGAUGGAUUCUCACCCGAUGAAAGAAAGAAGAAAAUAGAAGAUAUAAGAAGGAAUAUUCGAGAUGCAAUUAUUACAAUAACAGGGGCCAUGAGCACAUUGUCACCGCCUAUUCAACUAGCAGAACCUCAGAACCAAUUCCGGUUGGAUUAUAUUCAAGAUGUCUCCAGUUCACCAGACUUCGACUACCCAGAACAAUGGGAGUGA